GAUUUGGUCGCGUCGUCCUAGCCAUGCCCUCUUCGAACGGAGGAUCCAACUUCGGCCUCUCUAUUUGCAGCGACGGCGAGGACCCGGUCAACACGGACGCCGUCAGCGAAAUCAUCGAAAAAGAGAUUCAACUGCGUCAAUAUGGAAACGCUGGCAAGGCCAAGCUGUCGGCCGCGCAGAGCGAGGUCUUUGCGGCCUGGGAAGAAGACCGAGCAUCUUACGGAUUCGUCGUCAACUCUCUCAAUUACGCCGACGAGCUUUCAAACAAAAUGCUCGACACGCUGAGCAACUUUGAGGACAGGGUCGAUAAGCUGUUGGUAAAAACCGGCCAACUCCAAAUGCAGACAGAGACGUGGAAACGAGUGCACACAAACAUCACCGACAGCCUGUCCAGAAUCGACGACACGCUGUCUAAAUUCGACGCCAUUGAGGAAUUGAAGUAUUGUUUGAUGAUGCAAAUCGCGUCUCCAGCGACGGAGGAAGCCUCGGAAAAACCCUGGGACGCGGCUUCGGUGGAGGGCGUGCAGGUCGAGGAGCCGGAGGCGAAGCUCCUAGAUGUGUCGAGUUUAGGGAUCACGCCCAAACGCAAGGAGAAGGCGGACAGGUCAGGCGACGCCGGCCAAGUGACGCUCGACACAUAUUUGGGCAACUUGGAAUCUAUUCAAAAAAUCAGGGUCUAUAUAUCGGAGCACAGCAGCUACAUGAACGCCAGCGACGCACUCAAUGAGAUAGCCAAGUUGAGGGUUGCGGGAAUGACCAAGGUUUACUUACACUAUUCCCAGCAGUUGGCCUACCAAACGUCGUCGCCUAUUCAGAUCUUAUGUGAAUUGAUCGAGGACACGUCUUCGGGUCAGGGUCCAAUUAUGUCCAACGUUUUAUUCAUUCGCCGAAACGUCGACUUGUUGGAAGGGAAGAGUUUGGAUCCUUACAUUGAGAACGAGAACAACGUGGUGAAGUUGGUUUCAGACGAAGCGAAAGCUAACCUUCAGAAGGUUGUUCUGUUUUUGCAGCAGAAUCGUCAAUCGAGCGCUGGAGGGACCCAAUUUCCUUACUUGGAGCUGUACCACAGCAAGAGAUCCUCUUUUUUGUCCCAGACGAUACAGGGGACGUUUUCUUUGGAAAUGGUGCUCAAGGGAGGAGAAGACAUGAUUGUGAGCCGCCACAAGCGCGGGAUUGUAGGCACAUAUUUGAAACCUGUGAGGGGGUUGGUGAUAAGAGAUCAGAACGGAAGUGCCGGCGCACGUGAGAGAGGGUCUUACACGAGCUUGUCGGCGGCGGUUUAUCGGAAGGGGAGUCACAUUUUUUUGCAGUUCAUGAGGUGUUUGUUGGUUUUAUUGAAGUCAGAAAGGGCAUUGGCGGAAUACGUGAUUCAACACAGGCCUUUUUCGAGUUUUUCGAAGGUGUCGGAAGACGCGUUGUCGAAGUUCAGCGAGACAGGAGAUCAGUUGCUCCAAGAGCAAAAGAAGAAUCCGAACAGGAUUUACGGGAUUUCCGUUUUGCUAGACAGCUAUGGAUUGUUGAAGAAGCUGAUUCCCGGAUAUAGGACGGUGUUAAAGCCUCCAGAUGCGCAACACGAAUCGACGCCGAUUACUAGUUUUUAUUCGAAGUUAGAGUCUGCGUGUCAACAGUUAUUUGAGCAAGUUUUGGGUGAUGUGAGAUCGGAUAGUGCCAAGUUGCUGCCAUCGGAUGGCAACGUGCACGAGCUCAGUAGCAUGACGAUCAGCUUUUUGGUCCACCUGUUUGAGUAUCGAGAUGUGGUCAUUCAGCUGUUACCUCCGGCUCAGUCGAGUGGCGCGAGUCCUCUGGGGGAGUACAUCGUCUCGGUGAUCGCUGCCCUGAAGGAGAAUUUGAUUCAAAAGACGAAGAAGGGUGGGAAGAAGCAGGGGGGGGCAUUUUACAGCUUGCAGACGUCUUCUGGCACGACGGCAUUAUCGAACAUUUUUUUGUUAAACAACUAUCAUUUUAUUUGCAAGAACGUUCAGAACUCGGCGCUGUGCGACGAAAUUGGGAAGGAGGUUUGCGCGGAAUACUUCGAAUGGAUGAACGAACAGCAAGAACUUUACAGACAGUCUUGGAACAGCAUUUUGGGACACAUAUCGUGGGAUUUGCCCAAAGAUCGAUCAGGCAGCAAGAAGGGUGGAGGGAGCAAGGUGAAGGCAAGCAUCAAGUCAAAACUGAAGUCUUUCAAUUCCGAGAUUACCGAGAGCUACAUCCAACAGAAACAGUAUUUGAUUCCGGAUGCAGAGUUGCUGAAGAUGAUGCACGAGAUGCUUGUGAAGUUGGUUGUGCCAAAGUAUCGGAACUUUUUGGAGAAUCUUUCCAGGGUUGAAUUUACCAAGAACCGGUCCAAGUACAUCAAGUUGGAUGCACCAACUCUAGAGAAGAUGUUAAAUCGAUUCUUUAAGGGGUCUUUGAAGGAGGGAGGCAGCUUGGAAGAGAUCGUAGAAUCUCUGAGGGAUCAGGCUGAUAAGGCUGAGUAAGCGUUUUUUUUUUUUUUAUGUUUUCAGUUUUCUUGUUCGGCGAGUUAUGGCGGACUCUGAACCGAAUGGACCGUUCGAAGAGCGCUCGAACCCUUCCGUGAAUGAGGAGCGACCGAGCGAUGGCUUGCUGUCGAUCAGCGAUUUUUCGAAGUUGCCGACUUGGAACCGAAGAGUACGAAGGAUACAGUAGAUAGUGUGUGGAGUUCGAGGUCUGAAUCUUUGGUCUAUGCAGGAAGUGUCCGACGCGCUCUCUAAAUGGCAAGAGCGACAUGGGCUGAAUAAGGGGGCCGCGCAGGAAGUGUACGAGGAAUGCUUUUUAGAAUGGAAGAAUCUAUUGGUGCGAGGUAUGCAUUUGGCAUUUUAUGGCCUUGGUUCGAAGAAGGAAUUGAUUGAGAAGUUUUAUUUUCGAUCUCUGAAAUCUCAGUCUCCUGCGAUCAUUUUGAACGGAUAUUAUCCGAGCAUAUCGAUUAGAGAAGUUUCGAGCGCGCUUUGCAAUUUGGUUGGAGAAAAAGAGAUAAGUUGCAUGGCGUUUGGCCCCUCGAACACUGAAUUGAUUGCAGAAUGCGUCCGUCGUUUAAAGAGGCCAGUUUACAUUCUUAUUCACAAUGCCGAAGAGUUGAACAAGAACAGUCCGGGAGUCUGGGAGGUCUUGACUAAUCAGAUGUUUCGCGGCUCCAAAGGAAAGAUUCGCACAAUCAUUUCUAUCGACAGUCAAUAUGCGCCCGCCGUUAUUCACCCUUCUCUCCCUUUCAUGUGGAUAGAAGUCCAUACCUACUUGCCCUACCGUUUGGAACUGGCUUACGUUGAGUCAAGUUCUAAGAGUCGCGACGAGGAUGCCAUGCUUUCUGCCGCUCUUGUGACACUCAGCGCACUAUCGAAGGCGUCCAGACUGAUGUUUUGCCUGUUCGCCCACGCUUUGUUGACUCGGGGCGUAAGUUCUGGUAUAUCUGCUAAUGCUCUCUAUGAGCAGUGCUUCAAUUGUUUCAUCUAUCAAACCGACCGUCGUGGAUUCGGCAUACAAGUCAACCAGUACGUGCAGUACGGCAUGAUGGACCUGAACUCUGAAACAGGCGUCAUCAAGACCAAGCUGUCGGAAAGGUCCCUGCGAGAAAUACUGAAGGCACAUAAAGAUUGUUGGGUGGGCUUUGUCGACGAAUUAAGCUGAAAAUCUCGUACAAAAAAAAAUCUCACCUAACAGAGACUAUAUGUAUAUAUAUAUAUAUAUGUUGAAUGUUCAGGGCCAUUUUUUUUGACGCCCUUUCCUCGCCUGGUGUUCUAGAUAUCGUGUGCGCUUACUCCUCCAAGAGUCUUUUUGCGCAUUCUUCCAGCAUUUUCACCUUUUCGUCUCGGAGUAUGCUGGCGUUCAUCAGCAACACCUCAUUGUUUGCGGUCAACAGCUCGAGCGCGAGUUGGCUCAUUGUCUCGGCCGUUUCAUUGAUGUCGCCUGCCAUCUCUUCGAUUGCCGACGCCAAGAGUCCGGUUUGUCUGACGAACUGUUCCUGGAUGUCGUCUGCUGAUUCCUCGUGGUCUAAAUCCAUGAUCAUUGACUCGGCCACAGCUGUGGCAUUUUGAGCGCUCGUGCCCGUCUUCGCGGCCGGACUCACUCCAGGUCCGAAUCGUCCAGACGGUGAGUCCGGUCGCUCCGGCGAGGGCUUCUCGUACGCCGCCAGAUUCGACACGGAUUUAUUUAUCAAGUUCGAGAGAGGAAACUGAAUUCUUGGCGAAAUCUCGAACCCAAUUUUGGUUUUUUUAGCUUGGCUUGAUCCGAAGAUCGUCUCGUCUCUUGAUCUCUUGGCAGGGUCUUUGUUUUCGGACACGGCGGCGCGAAAGUCUCUCGUCGGUUGGCAGGAAUCGGCGGUGCUUGCUCUCAACAGAGUGACGCUGUUCGAGUUUGGUACAACAUCGUUGACAGGUGUCAAGCCGGUUGGCAUGGGCUGGCGCGUAGCUGUCUCUUUUGUGGGUAUUGCGCCGAACUUAGGAUUCAUUGUCAACUUUGGGAUGACCAGGUGGAACAGGGGUGUUUGGACAUGCUUAGACGAGUUGAAAAGGGAUUCGUUUUUUUGACAGGUGUCAUUGUUCGUUUGGCGUCCUUUUAUAAAGUCUUGAACAGACGGGCCUUUUUGUAGUUGGCUCAGGCGCGUUUCA